GGGGACCUGCACAGCGUUCCCCACCUACGGGACAGCCAUGCAGGAAGGGUGGAGCAGGGCAUGUUUAGCAGCUUGGCUACAUGCCAUCCAUCACCUGGAAUAUACCUGUCCUCCAUCUAAGUGUGCCUUGUCUGAUGGGAACGACUGAGCAGACGUUUGGGAGGGUAGAAUUUCGUGAACAGAACUGUAUUUCCUGACUGGCUUCCAGAGGAUUUGUUCAUGCCUUAUUUUUCUUAGGGGUAUUACUGGAUAUUGUUCUUCCAAAGAUUCAGAUGGCUGAUUGGGCAAAAGACCUUGAGCAAAAUUCUGUACUGUGCGUGCCAGAUGUGUUGAGGAAUUGAUUUACUCACUGUAAGCAAAAUAACUACUCUUGGUUGAAGUACUGGUAAGUUGUUAUUCCUAAUAACAUUUACUUUUUAGCUUUAAAAAAAACCCCAGCAGCCAAACAUGGCUAUAAUGUUUAAGUGGCUGAAGGCUUUGGCUGAAUACAUUCUGCAGGUCGUUAGUGUGUGGCCAUGUAUGCGUGUGUUUCAGAAAAGCGAAGUUAAAAAGGCCCCGGGAUCGUUCCUGCUGGGCUCUGGGGCUGUACUGGGAUAGUGCUCUCUCCCUGUCUGGCUGCACAACAGCUUUCAGAUCUGAUUCUAGCUCUGGGGACUUCCAUGAUUUGACUUCAGAUUUCACUGAGAACUUUUAUAUCAUAGUUCUGCUUGUUCAGAAGGGUUUUUGGUAUGCAGAUGUCUGUCUCUAGAGAUACUACACAGUUUGGAUAACAAAUGGUGUGGAAAGUAUAGCAGGAAGAACUUGCCAUACAAGCAUCUUGUGUUGUCCUUAUGCUUUUGUCAGGAUCAGUGGGAACCUUUGAGCAGACAGUUACUGUCUCCUGUUCUACAAUUGUUCUGUUUCUGUUCUUCAUUUGUAAAGCUCUGGCUUUGUACAAAAUGAUAAAUGCCAGUACAGUUUUCUGUUUAAUUUUUUAAAAUUAAACUGCUAGCUGAUAGACUUGAAAUCAUUCCUCAUAUAGUCAAAACAUAAAAUUGGCAGGCUUGAGUAGGUAAAUUAAUUCAGUUCUAUACUGGAUGAAUAUAGGGACAGGAUUUUUUCCCUUUUUCUUAACUAGAAGGAAUUUGGUCCUGACCUUUUGUUGUCUAUGGCACAUUUUGUGACUUCUUGGGAGUUGCCUGUGGAAAGACACAAGUCUUUUGUCUUCUGUCUGCUUAAAAUUCAGACUCCUUGAUUCUGCAUAUUUAAUUAGGGCAUCCAUUGCGUUUUGUAUACAUGGAUUAACUUACUUUUUGUGGGAAGCUCUAUUCCUGUAGCACUGAGCUUUGGAAUAUUUGCUUUUCUUUAAGAGAGAGUUUCUUUUAGUCUGACGUGCUACCUGAUUGAGCAAGGCCUUCCUUAGGCUUCAGAUAGCUUUGGAAAAUGUUGUUCCAAUAUGCAAAUUCACUUAUUUUAGUGGCUAGAUGGUAGUGAAUUUUACCUGUCCCAUGGCUGUGUUUGUUAGCAGAGCCCUCCAGCAGCCACUGCCUUCUGCACUGCCUCAAAUGCUGUGAGAGAAGCUGGUUUUGUACUCCAAAGUGCUGUGCUUCUCUUCCACUCCAUGGUGUGGAGGCUAAUGCAGAGCCCUUCUGUAGGGGUAGGGUGCAAACUUUGCCAGGCUGUCUUAGUCUGACCUCCUGGUGCUUCUGGGUCCAUUUCAUUUUGGACCAAUUUUAUCAUUUGAAUUUUCAGUCCUGAAGCGAAAGAAGUGGAAAAAGAUGUAGCAAAAGAGUUCAUGGACUUUGAGGAAUUAAGUUUUAAUGCGUGUACACAAACUCACUUUUAUUAAGUAUUUAAUCUGUUCUGUGAUCUGUAAGUUUUAUUACUUUGUUCUUUUAGAAGUCUUAAGCUAUUUUUCCCACUUCAGAUGUGUGUUGAACAGCAUAUUUCUUGAUCUGUUUCUUCUCCAGCUGUUCCUCAAAACUCUUCCUAUGCUAUCCACUGGUGCCUUCCUAGAAUCUCUAAAACAUGUGACUCAUGUUCCAUUUUAAUAUUAAUCUUCAUGUGAUUCCUACAUCUUUCUGUGUGCAUUUUUUCAUUGGGUUGUAAAUCAGCUAUUGUCAGAUGUAGCUCUUUGAGUAGAACUUUGGCUUUUCAGUUGCACACUGAGUAAUUCUUCCAUCCUUUCCUGGUUUACAAUCCUUACCUAAAGGAAGAGGUGAAUGUGAAACCCUUAAAUGACUUAUUUGAAAUAGUUGCCUAACAAAAGAAGUUGCUUCAAAAAGCAGUUAUGAAAGCAUUCAAAUGGGUGGAUCUUGAAAGAUCUGGUGUUGCAUUCUCUGGUUAGGUGGUGUUUAAUUGAAACACUGGUUUUUAACUCUUUUUUAAGAGAAGAGAGAAAAUACUCGAAAACACCAGGAGCUUUAUUAAAAUUGGCAUACUUUGCUUAAUACAAUAAAAUUUAUUAUUUAAAAAUAAUACCUAGAGAAGAGUUCAUUUGUGAAUAAAGUUCCACAUCUUAUCUGGAAUUAACCUUGAAAUCUGUCAGACCUGGCAAAUAGCCUUUCUUACCUAAAAAUACCCAAACCUACAUGAGUUGUGCUUUUACUGCUCUGCUUAAAGACUGUCUAAUGGUGGUAAAAGCAGAUUUAGGGCUGUCCAGAGCACUUAGUUCCUGCUAAAGAUGGUACAGAAUAACGUAAUCGACUUAGCUGCCAAUAAAGGACACUUCUUUCCUCCAGUUUAUAAGUUACCAGGGAUGUUCUUGAGAAUAAAACCUUGCUUCAGUAAACUUUGAAGAGUAGAGGUUUGGUUUGCUCAGAACCUCAUUCUGUCCGUUCAGCUCCCUCUGUUGGAGUGAAUUCCUUUUCCUAAGUAGGUCACCUUGGUCAAAAGCUUAAGCCUCAGAUUUCAUUCUGGACUAGUUUGUGAACGUGGUGGUGUCUCAUGCAUGGGUGUUGUAUGUGUUUGGCUUCAGUCUCACACUUGAAGGAGUGCAGGGUUACAGUGGGCCUGAAAUGGCUGAAGCCAUUUGUUUGGCCAUAAGGGAUGUCUCUUACUGCUGGGAUCUUUUAAUACAGCAACAAAUAAUUACAAAAAAAGCUGAAGGGAAAAACUUUGUAAACUCAAAUGUUUUGUAAUUGUUGCCUUGAACCUUUAGGCAGGUUGGGAAUGGAUGGCAUGGAGUGUCAACAUGUUACCAGUGGUUUGAACGAAACUUUGUCAGUAUUACAGGACUACCCGGGUCCCUAAUUUAUCCUGACCAAAGUACAGUGCUUGGAAACCAAACCAGUAACUAGUAGAUAACAGAAGGUUGAAAAAUGGGCAGAUGCCUAAUUAAUUUUACAGAAGGAAUGGUAGACUCAUGUCAUCUAGGAAAAAAUGGGCUUUUCAGUAUCUACCUCAAGUGUAGGAUCACUGCAUAUGUCUUCAUGGAGGAGGGUAUUUUUGUAACAUUAUUGAAAUUUCUUAGUAAAAUGUGCCUUAAUUCAUAAGUAAACAAAUGCUGUGAAAUCUUUUAAAGCAAAUGUAAAUUUCACAAGUGUAGAGGCUGCUAUUAAUAUUUUGGCCAUUCCUGUGGCAUCUUUUUGAUGUAUAAUAACUUGGAGAACAAGAAUGUGUUCUUAAUUAUAAUACCUCAUCAGUUCUGUUUACUGCUAAUUAUUUUACAAGAUUUAGAGAGAGUUUAAGAUGAACGUCAUGGGGUUACUUGCAAAGUUCUUGCUCUGACCCAACAUAGGUGAACCUAGCAGGGAAAUUUGCCCUGAAAUUGCUUUUGGCCGGUUCUGUCAGUGUAUGAGGCAGAGGGCUGACACCAACUGGAAAGAGCCUUUUAAGGGUGACUAAUACAUAACUAAAUUACUUUUUUAGAGGUGGGGAAAGUUGAUGUCUGUAAUUGGAUUUCUAUAUAUUUAGUUAUUGAAAAUAACUAAAAAUUAUUUUAUAUGGUCUUAUUUAUGGGGUUUCCAAUGUACACGUUAGUACUUCUGAGUGUUUGUGUCAAUAAUGGACAACUUGGUGUUGGUUUUUUUUACGUUUUGAUACUUCAGUCAAGUCAUUACCAUGAAAAAAUAUUUUAACUUCUAAUUCAUCUUCAAAUGCCUAAAUAGACUUGAAAUUAGUUUAGUGAGAACUGGAAAAAAACAAAUCAAACCCAAAGCAACCCCAAGACCAGGUUAGUGUGAGGGAAAAGCACCUUUCAAAAUACUUAGUACAUUGUCUUAACUGAGGAUGAGUUGAAUGUUUGAAACAGAGCAUUUCUUUCAACCUGAAAGUUCUGUUUCUGAAAACAUGAAUGACCUGGGGUUGAAUGCUCCUGCAGCUAUGCACAUUUCACAGUGCAAAGUGAAAUUACCAGAUCCCAUAUUCCACUUCUAUGUGCAGUUCUUUCCCAUUGUAUUUAAAACAAAGAAGUCUAUAGAACAGCAUAAAACAGGACACAUGGGUACCUGUGAAAGUCAGAGUGGGGCUUGUUGCACUGCUUCCAGUGCUCUUUGCUUUGCUGUAACUGGUUAUUUUAAGAUGGGACUGGGCAAGCUGGGAUGCCGAGGCAGAGACCACUAGAUGGCCCCACUGGUUUUUGCUGGGCUGUGGGUAAUUUCUGCAUCCCUUGUCAGAAUCUGUCCAGGAUUAUCAGGGAGCAGUGGUGGUGAAGUUGACUUUCACAGUAAAAUGAGGUUAAACCUAUACAUAUUCAAAAAGACAAACUGAUGUUGGAGUGCAGAUACUCAAAAUCAUGAGGACACUUUAGAACCCUUUUUGCAUGUCAUCCUACAGUCAGCAUUGGUUUCAAAAUGAUGUUAACACCUAGUAACUUCCUGUACAUAAGUUUUGCAUGUGAGGAGGAGUAAGAUUUUACUUGAAGUAAAUUAAGCUGAUAUUUUUUGGAAGAUGGGAAUAUUGGGUUUGUAUUUAUCCAUGUGGAUAUUGCUUGCUCAGUUUGGUUUGUCACUCACCUGUGGGCUUGGUUGCUGUUCCAUGACGAGUACAGUUGGAAAAUGGCUCAGGAGCCUUGCUAAUGGCAGCUCGUGUGACUUGUGACCAUUUUCUUCUGAUUUCUGAUGUGUCCUUUCCCACCAGUAACUAAACCAGUCAUUCCAUUUGCUUGUGUGUUUAGUUUUGCACUGUACAUCUUUCAUGAGCUGGAAAACUGGGUUAAGAUGGUGGAAUGUCUUGUGUCCAGUCACCAUCUGUCUGUAAGAAACCAGUUUUCAUUGGUUUUGAUGGAUCUGUGUCUUUGAUGAAAGGAGCUUGAACAGUACUUAAAAAUUUUCUCUUGUUACAAGAACCUUGGUUCUACUAAGCAAUGUCAGCUUCAGGGGAUGGGCCAGUGCAAUGAAAAUGGUUGCAAGAGCAAAUUUCUUAGAUUCCCACCACAGAUUUAUCUAGUGAUUUAACACUGUGAAGAAAUUUCAAAUGGAAUUCAUGGAUCCUGAAAGGAUUCUUGGACUUGUAAUAAUUUCUCCCCUUUUUUAAUAGUUUUGGUUAAAUUUUCUAUUUUUGAUUCUUGAAUUGAUUAUUUGACAUUGUUUUUUAUAAAAGUAGAUAUCGUGGACUGUGUAACAUGGAAUGAAGCAUCAGUUAAAUGUUUAAAUUAUCUUCAAGAUACAGUAGUUGAAUGUCUUAGUUUAAAGCAAUGAUGUGUAUUCCAACAGCAUUUUUCUUCUAAUUUUUCAUAAAGAAUCCAUUCAGAUGAAGAGUGUCAAAAGGAGUCUACGAAUGAGACACCAAGAUGGCAGUUCCACUGGGGAUUGAGAGGUUGAGGAAAUGGACUAAUGCUUGAGUGCUGGGAUGUCUGUCCAAGAAAAGGAUGUUAAAACGUGGACUCUCAUGUUAUUAAACCAGAGAAGAUCUGGGUUGUGAUCAUCCUAUCAAAAUGGACUUUGCAUUUGAAUUUAUCAGUGACUAUCCAAUGAUGGAUCUGGAUGGCAAAAUUUUCCUUUUGGGUUAUGUUUGCAUGACAGGCAAAUUAAUUUGGUAAAAGAUCUGUUGCUACUCCUUUUGAGAAAAUGUAAUUUAUAAAGUGACUUUAAAUAAAAGGUUUUGGUUUAUUUCACACUUUGUGUUUGUCCUUUCUGGCUGAAUAUUUUUAUUGUGUUGAUAUUGAAGUGGGUUAUCUUUUUGGUUGCUAUUAAACUGAGAAAUACUUUAGCUAAGUACUGAAGGCAAGGUAAAAUUUUGUGCUAUACUUGGUAUCAAAUGUGGUUUUCAUUUGCAAAUUAUGUUCACUUUGCCAUGACUUCCAAUGAAUUUUUAUUCGCUGGCUUGUUCAUUCAGGUGCUUAAUAUGAGGAGUUUUCAGUACUUGGCCUAUUGUCAGGGCACUGCUGCUGAACUUUGUGAAGUUAUUUUAAGAUGGGAUUGAUACCAAUUGAAGGCUGAGAAAAUACGACAAUAAAGGAGUACUUGAAUGUUUUGUGUAACUUUUUUAGGUAUGUUCUUGGGUUGUGUGUGGGUACAGAAACUUUUCAACAGAUUUCCUGGACUACAGACUUCCUGAACAGUCUCUUUGGUCUUAAAAUUGUUCUGUGCAAGUGUCCAAUCUGCUUCACUGCUCUUGCAUGUAGCCUUAGUAUCACGAUACUGUGCCAUGUGUUUGGUGAGAAAAACUGAGUUAUUCUUGGUAUUGCAUUUGAUACAGAUGACAUAUUAACCUUUGCAAAUUAAUUUUAAAAUGGUUCUGAUAUUCAAAGUCAUUAUUUCCUUGCAGGUUUCUAGUGGAUCUCGUAAUUUAACUGUAGGCAUUUCUUCUCUGUAUGCUUCACCUGAAACUCAAAGUUGUCUUUGUUUUCUGCUGGAUUUUGUGGUGCUAAGAUUACCUUGAAAUUAUCUUUGAAAACUAAAAAAAAAAAUCCUGUUCAUUGUCUGUGUUUAACCAUUUGCCUUGCUCAGACUUUUUUGGAAAUACCCAUUUUUGCCAUGAUGAGUUGCUCAUAGCUGUUCCAUCCAGCCAUUUUGGUGGUACAUGCUUGCCCCAGUUUGGUUUUGCCAUGUGUUUUUAUGGUGGAGUUGGAUACUGGGACUGACCUGAAGGGUUUCUCAUUCAAUGAGUGGAUUUCCUGAGUGUUACCAAAAAAUGCUUGAAAUGGUCUUGCAUUGGGAUUUUUUAGUUCUUGCAGUCAAGGUGCAAGGAGUCUUCUUGAAUAAGUGGUAAAGUGAAAUAUUUUUUUUAAAUGGUUUGUGGCAUUGGAGAGUUCCUAAUGAAACCCCUUGUGGAAAGAGGCUAGAUGGUUGUAGGAGAUAAAUGGCAGGUCUGUGGAGGAAUUAAGGGGAAUGGUGUUGGUUCUACUGGUGGAAGCCAAUGGUUUUUGGCUGUUGGGAUGCUGUGCUGUGGAUGGUUCCAUAGAACCCCAGAUUAGCCCAUUGCCCCUUUGUCUUCCAGUGGUCCCCCAGUGGCUGAUGCCUCUGUCUUGUUUUGAUGCUUAUUAAUAUGCUGGAUGUCCUUAUGCUUUAAGGGGUUGUUUUUGGUUGUGGAAGACAACUGGCAGUCAGAAUCAAAUGGUCAGGGAAUACUUGGAUCACCUCCAUUCCCUUGGUGAUACAUCCUCUCAAUUCCAGGAUGUUGUGUUAGAGAUGUCCAUUGAUUGAUUUGCAAUUCUGCAGCUUGGCUAUUGUGCAGCUUUAAAAUUAAUUUGUUGUGUUUAAAUCUGUUAAAGACCAUGAAUGGGUUAAGAAAGUGCAUUAUAAGUAAGCAGUUUGAUGGUGUUGGACUGACUUGACCGUAGUGCCUUGGUGUAGCUGAUGGAAAUGAUGUGGCUGUUGGAUUUGAGUUGUUGGGGGAAACCACUAGGGAGGCGCUGUGGAGCUGGAGGGCAAUCUCAGCUCUGUGGGGUUGGCUUGGGAGCAGAUGAUGCUCCUGUCCCCCUCUGCCAGUGCCAGCACUGGGGGGCAGAGGGGAGAGCUCUUGUCUGGGGAUGCUGCCUCAGAACUGGGGGGAAGCUGCCCCUUGGGUGGGGUGACCCCCAGGGUGGGCUGCUGCUGCCUGCAUGGCUGUGAGCUCCACUUCCAUGCCUUCAAAAUGGCUUGUAACAGCACCACUUCCUGUCCAGGGAGGAAGUAAUUUCAGCCCAGGCACUGAAAUAUUUAGCAAAUCUUUAAAACAAAAGGCACAAAUUCCAUUUCUUUCUGGCUUCCAAAGGGUGCCUGAGCCACAUGGGGUUAAGGUGCCCCUUGAGCUGGGGUAGUUGGAAGGAGCCAGGGCUGUGGGGUAGCAGGCACCCUUUAGGUGGAGGCUCUCUCUUUUUUUGGUAGAAAUGAAGGGGUGGGUCUAUGGUACAUCACCUGAGUUGUGGGGUAAAUGUAGAGAGUGUCAAUCAAAGGCAGAGCUCAGAGCUGGGAAGGAGCUCUAGAUGGCGGCUGUGCCUUAGAGAGAGCGCGCUCAGCUCCGUGCCUUCCCCAACACUUUACGCAACUUUCCCUAACUUUCAGGCAGCCUCAGGGGGCCCCCACAGCCCCUUGCCUCUCCUAGGCACUAAUCGGGGGCCGAGCGGACCUUUUUCGGGCAGAAAAGCAGCUUUUGAGGGCUCCCUUUUCGUGCCUUGCUGGAAAGAAGAAGCCGUGGAGAGAGCCCAGGUCGUUGUUUUUCCAGCUUAGAAGCCAUGGCGUACCUCCAUUUUUGUGCGCUCUCCUAAUGAGCUUUUUCCUCCGGACAUUUUUGUACUAAUUACCGCUUCUUUUGCUUUAUCGGCAGCAUAUUUUUGGGAUUAGAAUAUAUAUUUUUUUUUUGUUUUCUGAAAUUUGUAUUUUAUCGGUAUAAUUCUAAAUAUUUUGGAUCUAAUGUUUUUCCACUACCCGAAACUAAUAUCGACUUGGUCCUGGCGGCGGUGCAUGGAUCAGUAAAUACCUGGGCACAGGACUUCAAAGCAAACAGACACCCCUGACCCCCUUUUAAUAUUUAAGAAUAAAAAGAUGAUGAGAAAUAAGGACAAAAGCCAAGGAGAGGAGGGUUCAGUCCACAGCAAUGCAUCGAGUCACUCGGCAUCCGAAGAAGCCUCUGGCUCUGACUCUGCAAGCCAGUCUGAAAGUGAGCAGGGCAGCGAGUCAAACAGCAGCUCCGAGUCCUCUGAGAGUCAGUCUGAAUCCGAAAGUGAAUCAACGGGUUCCAAAUCCCAGCAGACCCCUCCUGAAACCAAAGAAAAACCAGCCUCUAAGAAGGAAAGGAUAGCAGAUGUUAAAAAGAUGUGGGAAGAAUAUCCUGAUGUUUAUGGGGUUAGGAGGUCAAACCGAAGCAGACAAGAACCGUCACGAUUUAAUAUAAAAGAUGAGGCAAGUAGUGAAUCUGAAAAUGAGAGCCCAAAAAGAAGACGCCAGAAGCAGUUGAAAAGAAAAAUUAAAUGGAAAAGAGAGGUCUCUGCUGGAGAAGAGGAUGAAGAUGGAGGGGAGCAAGGCACCAGUGGAGAGAGUGAGCCUGAACCGAAGAAAAUUAAAGCAAGAAGACCUGUCCAAAGGAGAACAGUGGCCAAAACUGGCGUUAAAAAGCCCCACAAAAUCCAGCGUGGGAAGAGGAAGAAACCAGACUCAUCUGAAGAUGAUGAUGAUGAUGAAGACGAUGAGACCCCCAAGAGACAAACUCGACGAAGAGCAGCCAAAAAUGUCAGCUACAAAGAAGAUGAUGAUUUUGAGACGGAUUCUGACGACCUGAUAGAGAUGACUGGGGAAGGAGCUGAUGAACAGCAAGACAACAGUGAAACUAUUGAGAAAGUCUUGGACAUCAGGCUUGGAAAAAAGGGAGCCAUUGGAGCCUCCACCACAGUGUACGUGACCGAGGCCAACGGCAACCCCAGCGCCGACUUCGACCCCGAGAAGGAUGAGGGGGAAGUUCAGUACCUGAUCAAAUGGAAAGGCUGGUCAUACAUCCACAGCACCUGGGAGAGCGAGGAGUCCUUGCAGCAGCAGAAAGUGAAGGGCCUGAAAAAGCUGGAAAACUUCAAGAAGAAAGAGGAGGAGAUCAAGCAAUGGCUGGGCAAGGUAUCACCUGAAGAUGUAGAAUAUUUCAACUGCCAACAAGAGCUGGCUUCAGAGCUGAACAAACAGUAUCAAAUAGUGGAGAGGGUAAUUGCUGUGAAGACCAGCAAGUCUGCCACGGGACAUUCAGAUUUCCCAGCAAACAGUCGCAAAACUUCCUCGAAUGACCCUGAAUACCUGUGUAAGUGGAUGGGGCUGCCCUAUGCUGAGUGCAGCUGGGAAGAUGAGGCUCUGAUCAGCAAGAAAUUUCAGCACUGCAUUGACAGCUUCAACAGCCGUAACAACUCCAAGACCAUUCCCACCCGGGACUGCAAGGUGUUGAAGCAGAGGCCAAGGUUUGUUGCCUUGAAGAAGCAGCCCUCAUACAUCGGCGGGGAGAACCUGGAGCUGAGGGAUUACCAGCUGGAGGGCCUCAACUGGCUUGCUCACUCCUGGUGCAAGAACAACAGCGUGAUCCUGGCUGAUGAAAUGGGGCUGGGCAAGACGAUUCAGACAAUAUCAUUCCUGUCCUACCUGUUCCAUCAGCACCAGCUGUAUGGCCCUUUCCUGGUGGUCGUGCCCCUGUCCACCCUCACCUCCUGGCAGAGGGAGUUUGAAGUGUGGGCCCCUGAAAUAAACGUGGUGGUUUACAUUGGAGACCUCAUGAGCAGGAACAUGAUACGUGAAUAUGAGUGGAUCCAUUCUCAGUCUAAAAGAUUGAAAUUCAAUGCACUUAUCACAACGUACGAGAUCCUCCUGAAGGAUAAGACUGUUUUGGGAAGCAUUAACUGGGCCUUUCUAGGCGUGGACGAAGCCCAUCGGUUGAAGAAUGAUGACUCCUUGCUGUACAAAACCUUGAUUGAUUUCAAGUCCAACCACAGGCUGCUGAUCACUGGCACCCCACUUCAGAACUCACUCAAGGAGCUCUGGUCCCUGCUGCACUUCAUCAUGCCAGAGAAGUUUGAGUUCUGGGAGGAUUUUGAGGAGGAUCACGGGAAGGGUAGAGAGAAUGGCUACCAGAGCCUUCACAAAGUCCUGGAGCCAUUUCUCCUGCGCAGAGUGAAGAAGGAUGUGGAGAAAUCUUUGCCAGCCAAAGUGGAGCAGAUCCUCCGGGUGGAAAUGUCUGCUCUGCAGAAGCAGUAUUACAAGUGGAUUUUGACAAGAAACUACAAAGCUCUUUCAAAGGGAACAAGGGGAAGCACAUCUGGUUUCCUGAAUAUUGUGAUGGAGUUGAAAAAGUGCUGCAACCAUUGCUACCUUAUCAAACCUCCCGAGGAAAACGAGAGAGAGAAUGGCCUUGAGACCCUGCAGUCUUUGAUCAGGAGCAGUGGAAAGCUGAUUCUCUUGGACAAGCUGCUGACCAGGCUGCGGGAGAGAGGCAACAGAGUGCUGAUCUUCUCCCAGAUGGUGAGGAUGCUGGACAUCUUGGCAGAGUACCUGACUAUCAAACACUACCCUUUUCAGCGCUUGGACGGCUCGAUCAAGGGGGAGAUCCGAAAGCAGGCGCUGGAUCACUUCAACGCCGACGGCUCCGAGGACUUCUGUUUCUUGUUGUCAACACGAGCUGGAGGGCUGGGAAUUAAUUUGGCCUCUGCUGAUACUGUUGUUAUCUUUGACUCGGACUGGAACCCCCAAAAUGAUCUUCAGGCUCAGGCCCGAGCUCAUCGGAUUGGACAGAAGAAGCAGGUGAAUAUUUACCGCCUGGUCACAAAGGGGACAGUGGAGGAAGAGAUCAUUGAGAGAGCCAAGAAGAAAAUGGUGCUGGAUCAUUUGGUCAUCCAGCGUAUGGACACCACUGGCCGGACUGUUCUGGACAACAACUCUGGGAGAUCCAACUCAAAUCCCUUCAACAAAGAGGAGCUGACAGCUAUUUUGAAGUUUGGAGCUGAAGAUCUUUUCAAGGAGCUUGAAGGGGAAGAGUCAGAGCCUCAGGAGAUGGACAUCGAUGAGAUUCUGCGUCUGGCUGAAACACGGGAGAAUGAGGUGUCCACCAGUGCCACCGACGAGCUGCUCUCACAGUUCAAGGUUGCCAACUUUGCAACUAUGGAAGAGGAAGAGACAGAGCUGGAUGAGCGGUCCCAGAAGGACUGGGAUGAUAUCAUUCCAGAAGAGCAGAGGAAAAAGGUGGAGGAGGAAGAAAGGCAGAAAGAAUUGGAGGAAAUCUACAUGCUGCCUCGAAUCCGGAGCUCAACUAAAAAGGCUCAGACAAAUGACAGUGAAUCUGAUGCAGAGACCAAGAGAAGGCUUCAGAGAUCAUCUGGAUCAGAAAGCGAGACCGACGAUACCGACGACGAGAAGAGACCGAAGCGCAGGGGACGCCCUCGCAGUGUUAGAAAAGACACUGUGGAGGGAUUUACUGAUGCUGAAAUCAGGAGGUUUAUCAAGGCUUACAAGAAGUUUGGAUUGCCUCUUGAACGGUUGGAGUGCAUUGCCCGGGAUGCUGAGCUGGUGGAUAAGUCUGUGGCUGACCUGAAGCGGUUAGGGGAGCUCAUCCACAACAGCUGUGUGUCAGCAAUGCAGGAGUAUGAGGAGCAGCUGAAGGAAAAUCCAGCGGAAGGGAAAGGACCUGGGAAGAGACGAGGUCCUACCAUCAAGAUUUCUGGUGUCCAAGUCAACGUGAAAUCCAUCAUCCAGCAUGAAGAGGAGUUUGAAAUGCUGCACAAAUCCAUUCCCUCGGACCCAGAGGAGAGGAAGAAGUACCGCCUGACGUGCCGUGUCAAAGCUGCUCAUUUUGAUGUAGACUGGGGAGUGGAGGAGGAUUCUCGCUUGUUAGUGGGAAUUUACGAGCAUGGUUAUGGAAACUGGGAGCUAAUUAAAACAGAUCCGGAGUUGAAGUUAUCUGAUAAGAUCCUACCUGUUGAGACAGAUAAGAAACCUCAGGGAAAACAGCUUCAAACCCGAGUUGAUUAUCUACUGAAACUGCUGAAAAAAGAUCUGGACAAGAAAGAAAACAUGAAAGAUGGGGAAGAGGGCAAGCUAAAGAAGAGGAAACCACGAGUAAAGAAAGAGAACAAGGCUCCCAAAGUCAAAGAUGAGCAUGGGAAUGAACUCUCCUCUCCUCGGCACUCUGACAACCAGUCAGAAGAAGGUGAAGUCAAGGAGGAUGGCUUGGACAAGAGCCCAGUAAAAAAGAAACAAAAGAAGAAAGAGAACAAAGAGAACAAGGAAAAACAGACAUCCUCUAAGAAAGAAAAGGAAAGCGAUAAAGAGAAAAAGAAGACAAAAGACAAGAAAGAGAAGCCUAAAGGUGGCGAGGCCAAAUCUGGGAGUAAAGGGAAGAGAUCGCAAGGUCCCGUCCACAUCACUGCAGGGAGCGAGCCAAUCCCCAUUGGAGAAGAUGAGGAUGAUGAUCUGGACCAAGAAACAUUCAGCAUAUGCAAGGAAAGGAUGAGACCAGUCAAAAAAGCACUGAAGCAACUUGAUAAGCCUGAUAAGGGACUGACAGUUCAGGAACAGCUGGAGCACACGCGCAACUGCCUCCUAAAAAUUGGUGAUCGCAUCUCUGAGUGCCUUAAAGCCUACACUGACCAGGAUCACAUCAAGCUAUGGAGAAGGAACCUAUGGAUAUUUGUGUCAAAAUUCACAGAAUUUGAUGCCAGAAAACUACACAAACUCUACAAGAUGGCUCAUAAGAAAAGAUCACAGGAAGAGGAGGAGCAGAAGAAGAAGGAGGACAUGUCCAGCAUGAAGAAGCCGUUCCGCCCAGAGCCCUCCGGCUCCAGCCGUGAUUCCGUGAUGUCCCAGUCUCACGUGCCUCACAAUCCUCACUCCCAGAAGAUGCACAUGCCCCCUUCCCACACCCAGCAGCAGAUGCACGGCCACCCACGGGACAACUAUGGCCAUCCAAACAAGAGACAUUUCAGCAACACAGACCGAGGAGACUGGCAGAGGGAUCGAAAGUUCAACUACGGUGGCAACAGCAACCAGAUGUGGGGCGGGGAGCGGCACCACCAGUACGAGCAGCACUGGUACAAGGACCACCACUACGGGGACCGGCGUUCCCGGGGGGAUCCCCACCGGAGCUCGGGGAACUACAGACCAAACAACCUGUCCCGAAAGAGGCCCUACGAGCAGUACAACAGCGACCGGGACCACCGGGGCCACCGCGACUACUACGACAGGCACCACCACGAUUCCAAACGUCGACGGUCCGACGACUUCAGGCCUCAGAACUACCACCAGCAGGAUUUCCGGAGGAUGUCUGACCACAGGCCACCACCCAUGGGGUACCAUGGCCAAGGACCUUCGGACCACUACCGGUCCUUCCACACGGACAAACUGGGAGAUUACAAACAGCCCCUCCCUCCAUCUCACCCUGGCGUGUCGGACCCUCGCUCGCCCCCCUCUCAGAAAUCCCCCCACGAUUCCAAGUCACCUCUUGAUCACAGGUCACCUCUGGAUAGGUCGUUGGAACAGAAAAACAAUCCAGAUUAUAACUGGAACAUUCGGAAAGCAUGAAGUGACUGAGAGGGGGAAGCCCACGUCUGAAAUACUGGGAUUGAUGCGACGGUGGCUGCUUUCUCCAAGCCAGCAACGAGAAACUCUGAACAUGCUGCUAUCAUCUGGCUGGGUCAAGGAAGAUUUUGGGGGAGUGGGUGGAGGAAGAUUUUCCCUAGUUCUUGAUUCUGGUUUAGAUUCCCAUUUCCUUUCCCCUUUUUUACCAUUGAACUGUUCUGUCAUGGAACCAGCCUUGCUGCCUCGUUCUUUGUUUUGUUUUUGUUUUCCUCAGUCCAAUGGACCCAAGGGAAUUUUCCCCAGCCAGUGUUUCCUCAAAAGGAGAAGGCAGAUCAAUGCUGCUUAGGAUGGUGCAGAAGGCUGUGUGCCUGCUCUGACUUGAUGUUACAUGACAGAUGCUGCUUUGGGGUUGGGAAUGGGAUUUGUGUGUCACCAGCAUGGGGUGAUGGGAGGAUAUGUUCAAGGAGGGACAGGAAAGUCCCUCAGCAGCCAAACUUGGUUGAAAAAGGCACUUGAUAUCCCUGCAGAAUAACUCCAAAGGAGCUGGAGCCAUGCUGGUGACAAUCCAUCACUUUCCUGCCCAUGUUAUCAUUUCCAUGUCUUUAUCCAUUUCAAGAAACUGGCUCUGCUUUGAUUGCUGUUGUAUCCCCUGCAACAGAGGAGGUGGGGGGGAUCUUCCUCUCAUCUCCAGAGCUGGAACUGGCAAAUCUUGACUCUGGGGGUGAGGGAGCUGGGUUAUGGGAAAAAAAGGCCAACUUCUUUAGCAAAGGCUUAGUUCACUUCUAGCCAGCAGGAAAGAAAUUGGGGUGAGAACAGUAUUUCCCAGUGGACAAGGCUCAGAAAUUCAUAACAAAACACUUUUCUGGCAUGGGUAGCUUGGGUGGUCCAGGAACUAAUAGAUGCUGGCUGAGAGGUGCAGGAUCAACAGAUGGCUCUGGGGAUCCUGAACUCCUAAUCUUCCUGCCACUAAAGUCUCUGGGCAAAUCAUUUCUUUCUGCGCUUCACAAAGCAGUGAUCACAAACCUUUACUGUAACCGAAGGAUAAUGGAUGGUAGAGCAAAGUGAAAUAGGAAUCCAGUGGAGUGAUCACUGUUCAGGGAAUGGUCACCUUCCUGCCACCUUUCCAGCAGUCAGGAAUGACUAAAUUGCUAAGAGUACCGGCACUUACAGACCUUUUGUUUGUCUAAAUUGGAAAUGAGCCUGAGGACUUAGCACCUCAGUGAGCAGGGAGAGAAUGAGGAAUUCAGGACUGAUCUGUAAAGAUCCUUGGAGCAAAUGUCUUAGAGCCCAGCAUGGCAGAGGGAAAAUCUGCAGCCCAGCUCAGUGGACUUCAGGGCAAACCCUCCAAGUAUUCAAACCACAGCAUUUAAUGUAAACCAGCAUCUGGCCUGGACACUGGUGUGGUGAGAGGGGUUGAUUGUGCACAUACUGCUGGCCAGAAGCACUUUGGGUGAUUAUUUUUCAGGCUGGAGUUCCCUGGAGACCACUAAGCUCUCCCAAGAGCCAGGCUUCCCCCAGCGUGGAGUCUGGGGCUGCAUCAUCACCCAGAGCUCAGUAUUAAAGACCUGGCUGUUCCAGACUCCUGUUUGGUGGGGCACAGAAGCUGGGCCUCCUAUUAAAAUGCCAGUAUUUGACCCUAAUAAGCUGUGAUAUCCCUUCCCCAAAAGACUGAGGGCGGAUGGGUGUUCAGGGCUGGCUUCCUGACUCCAGCCAGUGCCUUGGAAGGUGCAUGCAAACUGACACUAAAACUCCUCCAUGCAGUAUAUCCCUGGAAAUCUGCUGCCAUCACUCCUCCGGAUCCCGCUGCUCCAACGGGACACACGGGAAGUGUUUUGUUCCCCUUUUGCUUUUAUAUUGCAAGAUUUCCACCAAAUUCAGGGCAGUUUUGUUUCCUUAGGGGCACUUGCUGCCCUGAUCAAGUGUUACACUUGUGUUUACCUGUGCAGGGCGAGGUGAAGGCAAGUCUUCCACAGUCCCCUGGGAGGGGUGGGAGGUGUGGAGAGAGCACGUUUCUGUGGCUUUUCCCACUAAGCUGUGAUUGCAGGCUGUGGUAUUCAACAAAGAGGUCCUUUCUUUUCAGAGGUAUUAGCUUUUAAUGUGAAAAUGGAAGCAACCUCGGAGGGGCAAAGAGAAUUGCUCUUUUUGUCACGGUGGGAAGUCGGUGCCAUACUCGUGUAGCAAAGGCAAUACUGGCCAACCAGGGUGAGGGUUGGUGCAGGAAAACUUUGGGUCCCAGCAAGAGGCAUUUUCUUUGUUGAGGGGGGUUUCUGCUUAUCCCAGGUUCCAGGCACGAGGUUGGUUGGGAUUUCCUUCUUGUGCAACAGCAAAAGCUUUACCCAUAUCCACUGGAGAGUUGUCCCCACUGUCACUUUAGCCUGGUGUUGAAGUCACAUUAUGUCCACUCGUGGUGGGUGGGUCUUUGCUGGGUUUGGCUUUAGUGAAGCUGGAGAUUUGGGAGAAAGUCUUCCCUGAGCACACACAGACACACUUAUGCAUUUUAUGUCCCCUCAGCAUAGGGACCAUAACCAAACACAAUCACGGGGACAUGAGUGGGAUCAGAGGGGACACAUCCACAGCCAUAAACUUCUCUGUGGUGUUUGUGUCAGCAUCUGGUACAGUUCUUCCUUCCAAACCAGCUGUGGGAUUCCCUCCAGUCUCUGCAGGAAAAAGCAGUAACUUGCUGGGGUUCAAUUUAAAAAAAAAAAAAAAAAAGUGUUUCAGCUUGACCUCUUUGGAAAUGGUGUAAAGUUACGAGUUCACAUGGUGGAAAUCCUGCAGACCAAAACCUGCUGUGGGGACAGGCGAUGUGGUCCCAACCAAAAUGGACACAGAACCGAGUGCUGAGGUCUUUGUGUGAAUGGUUUGUGAUCCACACAAAAAUAUUAUUCUGCUUUCACCCAUUUCCUCCCCACCUCUGCCUCCCCUCUGGGGAGAGAGAAGGACUCUUACUGUAAAAAUACGGACUUUUAAACCUGUUGACUAAAAACAGUAAUUAAUAUUAAUUUAUAUUUGUGAAAGAAAUGCCACUGUCCUAGUGAUUUCUGAUGUAAAUAUGUUGUUUAUAUAGUAUGUAUGAAAUUUUCCUACAUUGUAAAACUGCUGUACUUUUGAUUCUUGUAUAUUAAAAAGUGUUACUGAGAUUUUCA